GCGUGACAAAAUGGCGGCGCCCAGGAGGCCACGUGGGGACGAGGAGCAGGAGAGGAAGGAUGAAGGGUUCCCCUUGGAAGCGAAGCGGCUUCGCGGGCAGCGGCGGCUCCUGGUGGUGCUGGAGGGGGCGAGUCUGGAGACUGUGAAGGUGGGGAAGACGUUCGAGCUGCUCAACUGCGACAAGCACAAGGCGAUGCUGCUGCGGAUCGGUCGGGACCCCGGGGAGGUGCGGCCUGACAUCACCCAUCAGAGUCUCCUGAUGCUGAUGGACAGCCCCCUGAAUCGGGCUGGUCUCCUGCAGGUUUAUAUCCAUACCCAGAAGAAUGUUCUAAUUGAAGUCAAUCCCCAAACCAGAAUCCCAAGAACUUUUGAUCGGUUCUGCGGUCUUAUGGUUCAGCUGCUGCAUAAGCUCAGUGUUCGAGCAGCUGAUGGGCCUCAGAAGCUGCUGAAGGUGAUUAAAAAUCCAGUCAGUGACCACCUGCCCGUGGGCUGUAUGAAGAUUGGUACCUCCUUUGCGGUGUCAAAGGUGACAGAUCUGCGUGAGCUGGUUCCUGCAGCGGAGCCAGUUGCCAUUGUAGUGGGGGCUUUCGCCCACGGUUCGGUCAAUGUUGACUAUACAGAAAAGAUGGUCUCCAUCAGCAACUAUCCCCUCUCUGCUGCCCUGACGUGUGCUAAAAUUACCACUGCCUUUGAGGAAGUCUGGGGAGUAGUAUGAGCUUCUGCUGCUAGUGCUGUCAUGGUGGACUUCCAUACAGUGACUCCAUGUUCAGGAAAAGCUCUGUUAAUUAGGUGUGGACCUGGUGCAACUUUCUGCUCUUGGAAAGGAAAAGGCUUCAACUUUGUCCUUGUUGCUUCUGGAGCACUGAGACUUUUUAAAUGGACUGUGCCCCACUGACCCUUUUUCCUCCUAUUAAAUGUGUCUUUUGAUUUAAAA